GAUGGGAUAGCAAACGAAUCUUGCUGCCGAAUCUUUUAAAGAAUAGCAGUACCUUUGCUAAUCUCAGCAAGAUUUGUUAAGGCUGGAUAUUUGGACUGACGCCUCUUCGGAACUCUUCUGUGUUGAGAAGGUCACAAGUUCCAUAGCUGCAGUUGAUUAUUUAAUGCAGGGAUGUCAACAACUCUUUAUGCAUCUACUAGGAGGUAACUGCUGAAGAUCAAAGAUAGGAAACACUAAGAUACAUAAAGCUUUUUGGAAGUAGUAUUGUGCAUGUUAGUGCAGAUAAGUUAAUCACCAAAUUCAUGGCAAGUAAACAAAAGAAAUCGAGCAUGAAGAAGGAAACCCGAUCAAAUUCUGCUAAAAUAUCGGCAUCUUUAAAGGAACAGCUCAUCAAUAAGGAAAAGUUGGAAGAAUUAACCAAUGAAAAUGAAGAAUUACAGAAAACAAUUCAAAGAUACAAGGAGGAAAACAGUCAACUAAGAGACAAAGUGGAAUACCUCUCCAAAAAGAUCAUGGAGUAUGGAAAAAGCAAAGGAUAUGAACUGUCCACUGAGGAAAAAUUGAAGUUGCCAUUAAAUGUGUCUGUGGAGAAUCUGAAUAAAAUGUUAGACUUAAUUACAAAUGGGGACAAGCGUAAAAAGAAAGGACCUGUGGAAUUAAGAGUUGAGGAACUAGAAACAAGAAUCACUCACUUAAAUAUGGAACUUGCCAAGAUGGUACAAUUACGACUGAGUCUAGAAAAUGGCUUAGAGGAUAUAGAGUUUUGUGAGACGCUUGUAGAUGCUAAAACAAAGGCUAGAUUUUUGCUAUAUGAACUAAAAGGAAAUCGUUUGUUUUCAUGUUUGGAGCAACAAGAGGAUGAAACUUAUGACAUAACCACAAUCCCCCCCAAUGAAGCAGAUCACCCAGUGUCUACCACAAUACCUUCAUUAGACACACCCAAACCGUCUCUAGUCAAGGAAUUUCAACCUGUUAGCCUGUCACCACCUCUGAAGAAACUUCCUGGUGAUACACAUGUCAAAACCAUGAAUCCUGAUCUCAAGAAAUACAUCAUACAGAACCUCAGUAUGUAUAAAGGAAAUGGUGCUGACUGGAGGAUGCUGGGAGAAAGGGUGGGGAUUCCCCUGGAAACUAUUCAGCAGUGGCGGCGAUGGAAGGUGGAGAAUCCGGCUGAGUAUGUGCUGCAGUCCUGGGGUCAAAGUGUGGGGGCCACAGUGCGCUUGCUGCAUCGACAUCUCAUUUCACCACAAAUGAGUUGCAUCAUUCUUGCCAAACGUGUCAGUGACUUUUAUUUGGUGGAAUGAAUCAUGUGGAAGAUUUAAUUAUACUCAUGAAAAUAUGCCAUAUUUAUUUAUUUGAGCACAAUCAAUGACUAUACUGCAACAUAAUAACACACAACAUGAUUCUGUAUAAACUUGCAAUAGCAGUGAUGAUGUUUGUUCGGACAUUGUGAUAGUGCCAAUAUGUUGGGAUACCAAAUCAUCAUGUAUUCAGUAUUAUAUUUUAUAUUUAAUAUUUAUAUCCUUAUAUACCCUUUGAGAGGAAACGUAAUCUCAUUUUAAGUUUUAAUGCCACUGUUUCAUAUGGUAGGUGUAAUAUUUUACUUAUUCCUUAAUUAUAUUGUGCAUGGAAAAUAUCAUUGCAAGAGAAACAUUUUUAUGGUUAACUGUUUUGACUGCAAGCACUUUUUUUAUAUGUGUUUUUUUCUGUAUUACUAUUGCUUUUUUUUAUUGAUACCAAUACAUGUACUAGAUAUAUUUGUUUUAUAAUUGUUUUUACACUAAAGAGAAAAGGAGUUUUUGAUAUAAGAAAUUCUCCUGAAUUUAAUUACAAUUAAGUUUUAACAUACACAAUUUAAAUUGAUAAAUUAAAAGAAAAUCACACAAAACCAACAAAAGAUCAAAUUCUUGAUUUUAAAAAAAUCAGAUUUUGUAUAUUAGAAGACAUUUCAGGAGGGAUGAUGAAAAUUAUGAUCAUCUCCCUACAUUCUGCCAAAUUCAAAAAUGGCAAAUAUGUAAUGUAAAAUUAAAUUAUGUUACAUUGUAUACCUUCUGCCAAAAGAUAUUUUGAAAGUGGAGAUCUUGAUUGUGGUGUUAUUUUUACUGAUUUGAGGAAUUGAGUUCUCUGGCAAUAGCAUUGCAUCUUUGAAAUAUGUUACACUUGUUGAUAAAAAAAUAAUUAACUUUCUCCAUGUUGCAUGAUUAUAAAUACAAUGCAAGAUAUCUAUCUAAUUUUCUAAAUAUCACAUCAUAUUCAUUAAGUCUUCUGAAUUGCUUAUCAACUCUUUUUUUUUAAUACAUGAAUGAUUAUGUAAAUCAAUAUAUGGAUGAACAAAAAACUUUAGACAGAAAAUUUUAAGAAGGUUCCAUUUAACAUACUUGAAGGGGAGCAUUUGGUAAAAAAUAAAAACAUUAAUCGGAGGCAUAGGGUAUUCUGUUUGUUGAUGUAAGAAAAAUAACAUGGAUUAAAUUCAGAUUGAUCUAACAUUUUUUAUUUCAUGAAUUUUGAUAACAAAACACUAGAUCCUUGAUGUCAAUGAAGAUUGACUUAUGGAUGUCAGACAAUGUAAAUAAUUACUAGUGAUAAUCAUGAAUUCAUUUUUAUUUUUUUUUACAUACCAAGAUAUUGUUUAUGGAUAUCAACAAAUAUUAAGCAAUAUACAUGUAUAAUAAAACAGUCUCCCAUAUAAUGCUGAAGUUCAAAGGUAAGCUUUAAGAUUAUAAGUGAGGAAUAAUCCCUAUAACCCACAAACAUUCAAAUGUCUCAAUGAUUUACUAGAAAUUAUGGUCUUUGUAAUCUGCUUUUUUCCAUAUAAAUCUCUUGACUGUACAUUAAUGAAAUGAAAAAUUAUGAUGUCAAUAUUUCAUGGGAUGAACAGACAACAUGUUUUUGACAAUUAUGUACAAAUGAUUGUACCAGAUGCACAGUUUGUGUUGUAAUGAUAUUUUUAGUACUGUUAUAUGUAGUUUGUUCACGGAAUCUGAAUGUUACAAAUAUUUAUUUUUUUUAUUGGCCUACCUCACCUUGUAAAUCAUGUACACACAAAAUAAAACAGGUAACACAUAA